UAAAUAUUUUUGAUGCCAGAAAAAUAAAACGACAGGCGUUGAAAUAGGAAAAAAAGUUUAAAAAGAAAACUUAAAAAAGUGUAUAAAAUAAAAGUUUUGUGCAUAAAGUUAAGGAAAUUUACAAAAUUAACUGAAAGUUUUGAAAAAAUAGAGCUUAAAGAAACUACAGUUAAAAAGCUUAAAGUUGUCAAAGUUUGCAAAUUCUUUAAGAAGAAAACAAGUAUAAAAAUUUUUCAGAUUAACGACUGAUAUUUCGAAAAAAGUCUUAUGAGAAUAUUUAAGUGAAAUUUUGAAAAAAAACCCAAGAAAUUCUACAAAAAAAUAAAAUCCUGUCGCCGUUGUUAAUAAUACAGCGACAAAGUGAAUUUAUUUCAGCAUACCAUGUCCUCGAUAUCGGCGCAAGGCGUGGUCGAACGUGCCUCCGCUGAACUUUCUAAGCGUAUAAACGGCCUCGGCUUGCGUUCGAAACAUCAUCAUGGCAAUAGCAGUAACAGCAGCAGUGGUAGUGGCAACAACAGCAGCUCCAACAAUAGCAAUAAUACAUCGGGAGGUGGAGGAGGCGGUGGAGGCUCUUCCUCUAACUCUUCCAACAGUUCCAGCUCAACGAACUCAACGUCCUCGUCCGCUUCAACGUCGUCCUCGUCAACGGGUAAAACCUCGGUAAUGGAGCGUGUAACGAAUGCAUUGUGCGGUGGCAAUUCCUCCUCUAAUAACUCAAACUCUAAUUCCAAUACGACAAAUUCCAAUCUAUCGAACAGCAACAACAGUACAAACACAACAGCAGUUGGCAGCGCCGCCACUACACCCGACAAACCCUCUAGAGCAGGUACCUUAGGUAGCACACAAACCCUGGUCAGCAGUAACACUACAAUACAGCAACAACAACAGCAACACACUACAGUUACCGUCUCUAGCUAUCAAAUGCUGCAGAAAAGUCAACAACACCAGCAGCAGCAACAGCAUCAACAGUAUUUAAGUUCUCAAAUCGCUAACUCCACUCUGAUCAACUCAAAUCUAAUGAACUCCUCCUCAGCCUCCCCACCAGCAGUACCAGGCAUUCCAAUGGGUGCUCCGCCCGCACCCUCGGUCACUUCAAUUGCCAAGCAAAUGAAUAUAACCAUACCUGGCUCACCACAAUUCACCACCAUGGGCAUGGCAGCAGCUCAAAAAUCACAAUCGGCCACACCUCUACAAAUGCGCAAACAACUACCCAAUCCUCAUAUGCAUCAUCCUUAUGCAGGUGCUGGCUCUGCGGCCACUCAAUUGGCCCAGGCUGUUACCCAGUCCUCACUGAUCUUACCUAAACUACCGCCUCCCAUUACCAGCAUUGAAAUACUCAUGAUGGAUGAUCGUUUCCUGAAUAAAUUCUUCCUAUAUUUCUCUUCUUAUGAGCGCCGAGUAUUGGCUCAAGUUUGUACAAAAUGGCGAGAUGUUUUAUAUCGCAGUCCACGUUAUUGGUCAGGUUUGCUGCCGACACUACAGUGCCGGGAACUGAGACAAAUGUCGGCCUCGGAUCGAGUGAAAUUGUUUAAUACUCUUAUCAGGCGGGGUUUUCAUGCUUUGGCGUUGGUGGGCGCCAACGAUGAUGAUGCUUAUGAUGUUGUGCAUUCGUUUGCUUUGGCGUCGAAACAUAUACAUUCGUUAUCGCUGAGAUGUUCAUCGAUAUCAGAUCGAGGUUUGGAGGCUUUGCUGGAUCAUUUACAGGUAAUCCAUUCUCUACCACAUUUAACGGUUUUAAGUCUAUCGGGCUGCAGCAAACUGACCGACGAUGGUGUGGAAUUAAUAGCAGAGAACCUACAAAAAUUGCGGGCAUUAGAUUUAUCAUGGUGUCCACGUAUAACCGACGCUUCAUUAGAGUAUAUUGCCUGUGAUUUAAAUCAAUUGGAAGAAUUGACUUUGGACAGAUGCGUUCACAUUACCGACAUCGGUGUCGGUUACAUUUCCACCAUGUUGUCUCUGACCGCAUUAUUCUUACGUUGGUGUUCGCAAGUUCGCGAUUUUGGUCUACAACAUUUAUGCUCAAUGCGUAAUCUGCAGGUGUUAUCCUUAGCUGGCUGUCCACUACUCACUUCAUCUGGUCUCUCUAGUCUUAUACAGUUGCGACAUCUGCAAGAGCUAGAGUUGACCAAUUGUCCAGGGGCGUCACAAGAAUUAUUUGAAUAUUUAAAAGAUCAUUUGCCACGCUGUUUGAUAAUAGAAUAAUUUAUGGAAAUCUAUAAAAGAAAACUAAACGAUUUUUAAUACGGAGUUUAAGGCAAAACAAAAAAGUUCAAUAUUAUUUGUAAGUUUUUUUGAAAUUUUAUUAUUUUUCUUAAUUUUCUUUAGUUUUCUUGUUUAAAAGUUUUUUUUUGUAUUUUCUUA